CACGUAAUCCAAAUCGUGUAACGCUUGUCCGCCUGCAAAAAUGUUACAAGUUGUCUUGAAACUCUUACUCUAUCCAGAAUGAAGUGAGGUAUGUGCAGAGUAGCCGAUGGAAUGAGGAUAUCCAGUUAUGUCAAAACAUUCUAGUGCUAUUACUGUUCAGUGUGUGAGCUGUGUGAUUGUGUUUUCUCAUGUGAAAGGUGAGGAAGGCCGCUGUGAUGUGUCGUGGUCAAAAGAAUGAGAAUUAGGCCGUUUUAAAUGUUAUUUCCUGGAAAUAAAUAUUAUAAACUUAUGCUUGGCCAAAACAUUUGAUGUACAUGCUUAGAGCCCAAUAGGCUCAAGAAUCUGUACACUAGUUGAUUGACAGUUGAGAGGCUGGACCAAAGAGCCAGAGCUCAACCCCCGCAAGCACAACUAGGCAAGUACAACUAGACGAGUACAUGUGUUUCAUUGUUGAGUGCAUUAUAGUACAUAUGAUGCAAGUAUCUGAACAGUUUCCUUUAGGAUAUUUUCAAUUUGUCCUAAUUAACUUUCCACUCUGGUAAAAAUAAUAUUUUAUUAUUCUAAGAAUUUAAUGAAUUAAAAAUUACAAAUAUUUUGAUAAUUGUUCUGUAAAACAUUGCUCUUUACAUCCAGUCUUCAGAACAUAACACACAUAUAAUUGUUGUAUUUGGCCACAAAGCUCAAUAACUGGACACAUAAUUGUAUAAGCAAUUAUUUUAAAUAUUUGGAGUGUAUUUUCUAUUGUCAUUCUUUACAAUUAGCAUUGUGAAGCAACUAGUCAUUGAUGAUGAUGUUGUGUGCUGUCACUAGUUCUUAACAGCGUUUACAGCACAGGACGUUCAGUAUGGUGGGUGUAAGAAAGGCCCGUAGUGUUUUGGUGUUUUUGUUGUUGUUUAUUACUAUUUUGGUGGUACGCCAAGUUGGGCACCGGCUCUCAGUUAAAGAGAAAGUGAGCAAGAAAGAGAGUCCCGUUAUAAAGAAUCCACUAGAAGAUUUGAUUGUCAUAAUCAGAGAGUUUGAAAGUUUUGAUAAUGAUGUGCAUGAAACUGUUGACUCUGUUAUAAGUGCCUGUGGUGGUGUUUGUAGGGUCCUUGUGGUGAGUGACGAAACUAUAUAUCCGCCGUUGCACUUAACACAACAAGCAGUGUCAGUGGUUCUUAGUCCAGGACUUCUUAGACAUCGCCCCAACAUACAAGGUUUAUUAAAAAAUGCAAAGUAUGUCUUGCUCUUGCCUGAUGGUGCUCGGUGUUCAUCAUCUACACAGUUAGUGGAUCUCAUUCAUUUGUUAAAUACUGGAGAUUCACAGGUUGUGGCUGUAGGUGUUGGGGGUUCACCAUUAAUAUGCCACCGUUACACUCUUGACAUUCAAGCUUGGACACUGACAAUAACGCCUGCUCCUCAGAGUGAAGCUUGUGAUGCAAUUAGUGGUCGUGCAGCAUUGCUAAUGAAAACCAGCAGUUUUCUUCAGCUGACUCAUCCUUUGGCACGCCCGAUAACCCUAAGUAUUGGCAUUCAAGGUGCAGCACGUACAUGGAAAGUUCAUGUUAGCCGGGGUGGUCUCUUAGGUGAAGGUCGGCAGCUUUAUGCUAAUGACCACUUAAAGUGGAAACAUGACGCAGUCGAAGACGAACGGAGACGUUUACUUUAUGCUGCAUUUGGUGUUAAAAAAGUUGUGAGCACAGGUGGUAAUGUACUCUGGUAUGGAUGUACACGCACAACUCCUCGUUGUUUUCCUACAGUUGUAGAUGAUACACCAGAUUACCUUUACCUGGGACGCUGGACACCACCAUGUUGUUUAGAAGGCUUGAGGGCUACUGCACGACAUGUUUUCCAGGUGUUAAGGGUGUGCCGAGCACGGUGGUGGCUAGAGGGAGGGUCUUUGCUAGGUGCUGUUCGCAGUGGGGAUAUUAUACCAUGGGAUUAUGAUGUAGAUGUGGGAAUAUAUUCCCAAGAUGUUGAUCGUUGUCCACAGCUUAAGGCAGCACGUUGGCAGACACUUGAAGAUACCGAAGGUUUUGUAUGGCAAAGAGCAUCAGAAGGAGGGUAUUUCAGAGUUCACUACAGCACAACUAAUCACCUGCAUGUUGAUGUGUUUCCAUUUACUCCACGUGGAGGCACUAUGACUCGAGGUGGUGCCUGGACUACAGGACACCGUCAGGAUGUAGAUUUUCCAGAGCACUUCUUGCGGCCUCUUGCCUCAGUAAAUUUUGCCGGAGUUAUGGCAUCGGCACCCAAUAAUGUUCGAGACUUCUUGGAGCUCAAAUUUGGUGCAGGAGUAAUUGAAACUCCUCAGUACCCAAACCCCGAUGUGCGUCUUCCGCACAAUAUAUCGCUCACUCACAGGUAAUUGUACCUUGUACAAAAUUUAAUUAGUUUUUACUGGACUGAAUGUGCCGUUUGUUUAAACUGGUGCUGUUUUUUUUAUACAUACGAAAAUAGUGCAAUUAAAUUUUAGUGAUAAAUGAUCUGACGUUGAUGUAUUGAGUAGCACUGUGGUGUUGUGCAGUCUUCCAUUCUUUGCUAGUUGAUAGUAUUGUGAUAUUAGAACAUUUAAUUACUGUAACUAGAACAUUUAAUGAACAUGCUUGCUUCCAUAGAAUCAAAAUAUUUUGAUGUUAGUAUGUUGAUAUGUUAAGCUGUUAAACUUUCUAGUUGCAUUAAUUUUUUUUUUUUAUAUAUAAUGGAAGACUGUAUGUUGUCUUUAUAUACCAUCUUUACAGGGUAAAUUUACUGUCCUCUGUGUAGGUAUUCCUGGAUGUGCUGUCUAUUGAAAAUAUUUUAAAAAGCUUAUUUUAAUGAAUUUUAUACUUUGUAAUUUUAAACAUGUUGUGUAAUUUAAUUUAAUAAUCUCCACAUCUUUUGUAUAUAAUUGAUUCAUCUCUUGUUAUUGAAUAAAAAUAUUUUAUUUUGCAGAUACUGAAAUACUGAUGUAUGGAACAGGACAUUUUAGAAAGUACCGUAUAUGAGUUAGAUGUUGUGGGGCAUAAUAUGAGUUGUCAUUAAGAUGUGUUCACAUGUAUGUAGUGCAUUUGGCUGGGUUAAACUUAGUUUUGAUUUUAUUAGAACACUAAUUAAGUUGCUGUGUUUUAACCUAGAACAAGUGCAGUGUGCUACAUGAGCAACAGUAGAGUAAAACAGUGAUGAGUAUAUUAGUACAGUAAUGAAGAGUUCUAUUAAAUUAUAUAUUACCUACAGUAAUUACUUAUCUUUUCCUAUUACAGUAGUAAGAAGUAAUUAGUUCAACCAAGGUGGUGUAGUCAUUUGUUUAUCUGGCUUGCAAGGUGACAUGUUGACCAAACCACACACUAGAAAUUCGAGAGACGACGACUUUCGUCUCACAAUCGAUUUUCGUCUCACAAUCGACUCGAUAAUGGUCUAGGAUGGACAGAAAUGUCGUCGUCUCUUCAAUUUCUAGUGUGUGGUUUGGUCAACAUUUUUCAGCCACAUUAUUGUGACUCAUCAUCUGCAGUGUAACAUGUCAGUUUGUUCUGGAAAGGAAGGGAACUAUCAGGGAAAAGUACCAAGUCAUUACGACUAUAUAGCACUGGGAAGGGGGUCAGGAUAAGGAUAUGGGACGGGACGGGGGGAAGGAAUGUUGCCCAACCACUUGGACGGUCGGGGAUUGAAUGGCAACCUGUAUGACGCGAGACCGUCGCUCUACUGUCCAGCCCAAGUGGCUGGAGCUGGUCCUAGGGUAUAACACGACCUCAAACAUAACUGGCCAUUGUACACCACCAAUAUCUUAGUCAUCUGUCUUUUUAUCUUGAGCUGGUGCAGUCAUAAAUUAUAUCGUUAUAAAUUAUUUCCAUUUCUCAUAGUUCAUAUUGUUGGCAAAGACUUCCUUCUUCCAAACUGUGCUCUGACUUGUACUUGUUUUCAGUACUUGUGUUGUGUGGGCUUCUCAGGAGCAAUAAAACAUCUUAAUAAUUAGCUACUAGUAAACACUGUACUGAAUAAAAUUAUUUUUCUUAUUAAGUUAUUA